AUGGAAGCUCAACGUGGUGCGAGGAGAAUGGCUCUUGGAGGGUUUGGAAUGUUGGUUGUGUAUUGGGCUGCUGUUGCUAGAUUGACGUUUUGGGAUUAUGGAUGGGAUGUUAUGGAACCGAUCACGUACCUCUCGGGACUUUCGAGUGUUGUGUGUGGAUAUCUAUGGUUCUUGUAUCAAGGACGAGAAGUGUCCUAUUCGUCUGUCUUGCACCGUUCGGUAUCAGCUCGACGACAGGCUCUUUACAAGACCAAGGGGUUGGACAUUGAUCGAUGGGAAGACUUGGUUCAUGAGAGGAAGGCACUUCUCAGGGAAAUCGGUAGGAUCAAGGAAGACUAUGACCAUGGGAAGAGUCAGCAGGAAAAAGAGACGGAGAAGGAGAGCCGUGAUUCAGAAGGAGAGGAUUCGGUUUGA